AUCUAGUCGAUUGGCUAAAGAUGAUGGUCGGAAGUCGGCGCUCCGAAGAAGUGGUAGAUCCAAAUAUUGAAGCAAAGCCAUCGACGAGGGCUCUCAAACGAGCACUUCUUGCAGCCUUGAGAUGUGUCGAUCCAGAUUCAGGGAAACGACCAAAGAUGAGUCAGGUCGUUCGCAUGCUCGAAUCAGACGAGCCAAUUUCUCGUGAGGACCGGAGGCAUCAUCGGACGGGCGGCGGAGGGAGACGGGAAACUGAAUCCCAAAGGGAGAAUUCUGAUACAGACAAAAGUGACAAUCCUGAGAAAUCAUCUUCACUUGCUUGAUAAUUCUGAAGUAUUUUUUGUUCCUUAAUCUGCUGAGUAUUUAGGAAAAUCAGAAUUUGGAGCAGAAGUGGAAGAAAGCUACAUGGGUUAAAAUCCAGCUCUUAUAAUGCAGCAGGUGGAUGGGAGAUUUGUACUGAGGGGCACUUUUAUAAUUUUUUUUAAUUGUAUUAGAGUGAUUUUUUUGCAUGAUUUUGUUGUAUGUAUUUUGUUAUCUGAGGUUCAGAAAUCUGUGUAUAUAGUAUUUGAGUUUUGUUGUUGUUGUUGUUGUUGUUGAUUGGAUUGGAGAUUGGUUUUGUAAA